GCGAUCCUAGCACAAAUCUAAAUGUAACUGUCCGUAUCGUGUGUCAAAUUGUCCCAAAGUUGGCGUAAACGUCUAUUUUACUCCAUCGUACGACAUGCAGGUGGAGCUUCGGUUUUGAUGAUCCCUAACGUCAACUUUCCCACCGACAGGAAGUCCCUCGAGUUAGCAGAUGAUAACAGAGUURAGUUAGCAAAGCUAACUGUUUAGCCUCAAUUAUGCCAAAUUUUUGCGCGGCUCCGAACUGCACGCGGAAAAGCACCCAGUCGGAUUUGGCCUUUUUUAGGUUUCCCCGGGAUCCAGAGAGAUGCAGGAUCUGGGUGGAGAAUUGCCGCAGGGCUGAUCUGGAGGCCAAAACAUCAGACCAGUUAAAUAAACAUUACAGAYUGUGUGCCAAACACUUUGACCCAGCCAUGGUUUGCAAGACGAGUCCCUACAGGACGGUACUGAAGGACACGGCCAUCCCGACCAUAUUUGAUCUGACGAGCCACUUGAAAAAUCCUCACACCAGACAUCGCAAGCAGAUUAAAGAACUUACUGAUGAGGAUAUACAGAGAAUGAGAGAAAGGAGAUUAGCUUCUCAGCAGGCUAUUAAAGCAGAUAAGGACAACACAAACGAAGCUGACAACGAACCCCAGCUGUCUACGGAGGAGAAAGAGUACCGGGACUACUUGAGGUCCUUGUUUGAGAUCCUGCUCAUGUUGGCAAAUCAGGGAAUCCCCUUAACGGCUGAAAGCGUCUCCGAAACCGAGCUCAAGUCCAACAAUUUCCAGGCCCUUCUUGAUUUCUGCAUGAACGCUGGUGAUAACGCUCUGAGGAAAAGGUUUGAGUCGACGGCCAUGAACUCGGAGUACCUCUCCGCGGCCCAGCAGAGCCAGCUCCUGGAUGUUUGCGAGAACACAGUGAGGGAGGAGAUGCUCAUGGAGGUGAGGGAGAGUCGCUUCUUCUCCCUGGUGACCGGGGACCUCGUGGAGUUCGCCGGCGAGAAACACUUGCCGCUGUUCUUGCGCUUUGUGAAUCAGCAGAAUGUCCUCCGGGAGGAGCUGCUGGACUUCUUACCGUUGGUGGAUGAAGACGAGUCGGUCGUCAUAGAGCGGAUCGAGGCCCAGCUGACUGACCGGUGGGGGCUCAGCAUGGAAGACUGUCGCGGUCAGGGCCACGAGGCCACCGGGACCUCCACCACCAAGAUGAAAGCCGUGGCCGUGCUGCUGAUGGAGAAGUAUCCGCUCGCGCUGCACAUGCCCUGCUCUCACAUGGCGCUGAACGUCCACCUGGCCAACAACCUCCCGUUUCCCAACGUCCAGAUUGUCAUGGAGACUCUGAGGAGGAUUCGGUCUUUCUUUAAAACCCCGUUAACUCAGGAGGAGCUUGAGAAAGCCAUUGUGACCCACUACCAGAAGAACGAGGAAAAGGGAGCUGCGCUGAAACAGAUGUGCGUCCCGGGAUGGUUGGAGCAGCAUAACGUCUUCGAUUUGCUGGUGGACGUUUUGCCCGCUCUGCUGCUGUGCAUGGACAGCGUUCGGGACAACCAGGACGGACAGUUUCCGAGCUGCGUCGCAGGAGACGCUUACUCGAUCGCGGAAAGUCUCGCCGACUUCGAGGUCAUCGUAACGAUCGUCGUCUUAAAGAACGUCCUCACGUUCACCAGAGCCUUUGGGAAGAACCUGCAGGGCGAAACCCUCGACGUAUUUUCCGCCGCCAACAGCCUGACGGCGGUCCUGCACUCGCUGAACGAGGUCAACGACAACAUCGAAGUCUACCACGAGUUCUGGUACGAGGAGGCCGUGAGCGUGGCCUCCUCCGUGGGGAUCCGGGUGUCCGUCCCGAGGCUGUUCCUGCGGAAGCAGCGCGCGGCCGACAUGGGCGAGAGCCAAGCGGAGCUGUACUUCAAGGAGUACGUGACCGUACCCGUCAUCCGCGGCGUCAUGCAGGAGGUGGAGGACAUGUUCUCCGACACCAACCUCAAAGCCCUGAAGUGCCUGACGCUGGUGCCGGCCGUCAUGGGCCAGAUGAAGUUCAACACCUCCGAGGAGAACUACGCCGAGGUCUACCGCACCGACCUCCCCAACCCCGACACGCUCCCCGCGGAGCUGCACUGCUGGAGGAUCAAAUGGAAGCACCGAGGCAAGGAGGUGCGCCUGCCCACCACCAUCCAGGAAACCYUGCAGCUGCCCGACGUCAAGUUCUUCCCCAACGUCAACGCCUUCCUGAAGGUGCUCUCCACUCUGCCCGUGCUCAAACUGGAAGACGUCAAAAACCCCACGGCGAGCCACCGCCUGCGGGCGUACCUGGAAAAUGUUCCUUCAAAGCGGCGAAACAAAAGCCUCGCCGUGCUGCACGUCAACGCUCACGUGAAGCCGGACCUGGACGUCAUGGUGGACCAGUACUGCAGGCUGUACCCCGAGGACGACGCCGAGGCCGAGGACGCCGCCGGGGAUGAAAUUGUGACAACAGUGGUGUGAGGUUACUGAUGGAACAAAAACAACAAAUGUUCUUCCUUUUAUGGAUCUGAACUGUGAGUUUGUUUAAAUAUGCAAAAAGUGAAGUGUUGGUUAUUUUAAUAAACAUCUAAAACGAGCCUUUAUAAUAAAAUUAUUGAGAUUUCUGUUAGGCUUUUGGUUUACAACACAACAAUCUGACCACUAAAAGACCCUAAAGAGGCUGAAGUCUGUAAAUAUUACAAGUUCCUUCCAGUUGUGUUAGGUUAUAGUUUUUUUUUUUUUUUUUUGUAAAAUUGCUGUGUUGUGUUGAUGCAAAAUAAAUGUGUUGGAUAUUUUAA